AAUCUCGAAGGUUUAGAACUCGUUAUUACAAGCAAGCAACGUGGAAUAGUUCUAAUGGAAGAGGAGGGUUCGCGGGGACAGAGGCGUUCGCGGAAACGUUCGCGAAGCGUAAGUUCGGAUGACUCAACCUCGUCGAAUUCGGAAAGAUCUAAAGAAAAAACAACGAACGGAUUUUGCAAUGGCUCGCGCAAGUUGAGCGAAGAUCCAGCUGUUUAUGCUCGACGAAUCCCUUAUUUCGGCGAGAAUUCGAUCAACGAUAUCUUGAAAGUGGUUUCUCUUCAGUCGUUUUCGAAUCCCCGCUUGUCGUUAUUGAACGAAGGCGAACGUGAUAGCCACAAGAUGGCCAAAGGAGAGUCAGAUUGCCAGUCUGACUCGAGUGAAGAAUUACCUCGUAAAGAGCGCUCCAGCUCAUCUAGCGAAGAUACAGUCGCGCCUUCUGGACAUUCACAUCUCGCUUUCCCGUCAGGUAAAUCUCGUGGCAGACGAGGAGAUUUGAAGAAUGGUAACUUAAGCGAAGGAGUUGGAAAAGAUCAAAGAUAUUGGGAGAAAAGACAACGGAAUAAUGCUUCCGCUAAGCGCUCCAGGGACGCGAGGCGCGUACGAGAACUUGAAACUCAGAUACGCGCUGAAUAUCUGGAGGACGAGAACUACCGUGUGAAGGUUGAAAACGAAGUUUUACGCGAAGAGAACGCUCGAUUGCUCAAAACCAUCGAAAGAUUAAAGAAUGCCAGCAACAAAGAUUGAAUUGACCUCAACAGAAAUAAGACUAUAUUUUGUACGUCGUUCGCAUUCCACCAGGCUAAAAGAAUUGACUUAAAUUGAUUAACAGUCGAACGAUUGUAUCGUUUGACUUCGUAAUACUUUCGUGGAGUCUUUCACGACAGACAAGUAUUAUAAUACGUUCAAUUGUACAUGUUUAGUUCGCGAGCAGGGUGUGUGACGCAACACGUCCAACGCCUCUACUACCUUCCCGCCGAGUUGAAUAUAUUAUUAUGUGUUCGCAGUCAUGGUUGGCGAUUUCGCUAUCCGAUUACAACCUCUGAUGUGCCCACCUCCUAUCAAAUGUAAUAUUUUACGCUGGUUCAGUUGUGUUAAGAGAAAUAUCUGGUAAGGUCCAACAAAUGUUACGCAUUUUUCAGUGACUCGAAAUGAAUUUCGAAACCGUCUACUCACGCAGUGGUCUCGUGCAGUCGCAAAUCGCGUGAUGGCGAAAAUGCCCGUGUACAUUUCGGGCAGACAACCUGAUAGAGGCACGUGCGUAGCUGAAAAUAUUAGCUUCCCAGAAACCGUCAAUAUAUAAGAUGGACACCUCUUUGAUAUAGGACGCAAGUUUACUUGUCUGAAAAGGAGAGGACAAAGCUUAGCACCUGGGAAAUGCUUUACACUCCGAAUAAUUUGCAUUUUCUCGAAGAGAUACUUAAACAGUCGGUCUGCUAUUUUUUGUCAGAUAACACAAGUGUUUAAGACAUCACUGUGUAUCAAAUAUGCAGUUUAUGAAAGCUAAAGCUCAUUAAAAAAAAUAUACAGGCAAAGAAAAGUUAUUCCGAGAGAACUGUUGAUAUGUAAGCUUUGAAUUUAUUGUUCAACAUUUUUUGAUGAAAAACAGCUGUGACGAAGUGUGGCCUUUGAAUUUCAUGAACAGAAAACUGUUGUCUUUAUAAUUUACAGUGUACAUAACUUCAACACUCUGGGAACUUCUAUUGUCACUUAAAAUAUAUCUGAAAUUGGGGAGACAGAGUCCUGUUGUCUUGUGAAAUUAGAUGCUUUAAAUAUCACACAAUUAUGCUUUGUUGAUACUGCAGCAUUGUAUUUCAUCACUCAAGCAAAGAGUUGUGAAAUGUUUCCCUCAAUCUCCAGUUCUAAGGAAUAGAUUGGAAUCUGCCAGAAAAAUAAUAGUAAAUUAUACGUAGCUACUUUAAAAUUUGAUUGUCAUAGACUCAAUAAGGAAAGUUUUAAAUGGGCUUUUAGUGUUUUGAACAUAACUUGGCCUGUUUGUUACAUGUCGUAGAAAUAACUAUGUUAUGUGGUUUGUUCAAAUCAAAAAUCUGAUACCACACUAAGAUGGUUGUCUCUUGGAGAACUUCCAAUAAAAUAGUUGCAGCUUUAGUUCAAUGUUUACUCUACCAUAACACAUCACUGAAACUCACACAUUCAGGGUGCGACAGCACAUCACGACAAUUUGAAAUAACCAAGUAAACAAGCUGAGUAGAAUUAAACUUGUGAAACUUUCCACUAGUCUUGGCAUAUUUUAAUGAAUCUUCAGUGUUUUUUUCCUAAUCAUGGUGCUGAAAAAAACUGUACAUAUAUCAGUCCUCUACCGCUGCAAUAAUAAGUUACUCUGAGAUAACUUGGUUAUGUCUUGUUUGUAAUGAUAUUAACAUCAACAUUGUACUUAAAUAACCUGACAGCAGACAUCUAGCUGAGAAAUGUUAUGCCCAGUGUGAGCACCUCAAAAGUGAAGUGAACAAAUGUUGAAAUAAAGUUACAAAGUCACCUCAAA